UCAUUUAGAAAUCAAAUGUAUCACGAGUUGGGGUUUGAAUGUGUAAAAACAUGCUUUUAUUUUGAAACUCACUUUAGGAGUUUCCUGUCUUACCUGUGCAGACCGGCGCAGACUCGUUACGGUCAAAGGGCAGCCAAACAGAAACAGAUCAUGUUCCCCGUGGACCUGCCGGCUCUUCAGGAGUCUGAGCUGGUUUCCAGUGCUCAGAUUUACCUCUCCUCCUUGGAUGGUAGACCUCACCAUGAGUGCUACCAGUCUUCAUCCAAGCCUCAGGUGAAGGUGGCAAUAACAGCAGGGAAUGUCCGACAGCUGCAGCUGUUUGAAGACGACCAGCCGCCCUGUGCUGUUCUGGCUCUUCAUCCUCCAGAAGAUCAAAAUCAAGUGCUGGCCUUGUAUGUGCAGGACAGGUGGUGGCCUCUGGACGACGUGCUGCGGACGUCCAGCCAAUCCAGAAGCGGCUUAGUGCAGGUGUGCUCCAUCAUGGAGAGGGUGGUGGUGUUCCUGCUCAGUCAGGUGGUGGAGCGGCCCUUGCUGGGGGAGGUCUCGUUCGCCCUGCACCCCCGCACAGAGAGCUGUAAAGUGCUGUGGCGGGACAACCAGGCUGUGGGCUUUUACUCUGUCAAACCUAAAGGCAGCCUGUGUGACGGCUGGAGCGGCUGUUGCUACCUGCUGCCCGUCCUGGACACGCUCCUGGUGAGGAGGAGCAGCAGGAGGAGGGGCCUCGGCCUUCAGAUUCUGCAGGAUUUCUGCGCCUCCUUCUCCUCAGAGGAGUUCCUGGGAGUCGCUGCUCCGUUAUCAGCCAGCAUGGCUGCAGUGUGCAGGAAGUUCCUGCAGCAGCAGCUGGAGCUCCGGGAGCGCCUGUACGAGGUGGAGGCCCCGGGGGGCUGGAGCCAACGCCGAAACAUCUGGCUCAACAUCCAGCUGGGCCGCUACUCGCCGCACAGCAGAGGUGAGGAGACCAGGCCAGCAUCCACAGACACAGUGGACUGAAGGCAGCUGCUCUCCUCACAGGUGAGUCACGGAGCGACGUGAACACACCCACCCCCAUUGAGAUCUUGUGCUGAGGAUCCCUCCCCAGUCAUCUGUAUCUCAGGAAGCAGACACUCUGGACUCGGUGUUCUUCACCCGGUUCCAGACCAGAACCUGAGAGUCAUGUUUCCUCCAUCAGUUCAAGCCCAGAGGAGAGUUCAUCCAAUAAUACAAUAAAUGAACGAGAAGUUUGUCCUGCAGCUCA